AACAAAAGUAUCUGAGUGUCAGUGGCAAGGUAUUUGUUCCUGGGCUGACCCACAAAGCAUAGAAUCAAAGAGCUCCUUUUGGAUCUCUUGGUUUUCCUUACCCCCUUCCCUCUCCUCGGUUUCUUAUGGAUAUUAUGGCUAAAAAUGCAACUAUUUUAGAGAGUCCAUGGCCUGAAAAUUUCUGGGAUGAUCUUAUAAUGUCUUUCACUGUGUCCAUGGCCAUUGGACUUGUUAUUGGAGGUAUCAUCUGGGCACUGCUUGUUUGUCUGUCCAGACGAAGAGCUAGUGCCCCUAUCUCCAGAUGGAGUUCAAGCCGUCGUUCCAGACCUUAUUCCCACAGUCUCAACAGGACUGGAUUUUAUCGUCACAGUGGCUGUGAACGUCGCAGCAACCUCAGCUUGGCCAGUCUCACUUUCCAGCGGCAAGCUUCUUUGGAACAAGCCAAUUCCUUUCCUAGGAAAUCAAGCUUCCGGGCAUCUACCUUUCAUCCUUUCUUACAGUGUCCUCCACUACCUGUAGAAACUGAUAGUCAACUAAUGACUCUUCCUUCCACCAAUACCUCCCCAAUCAUCAAUACCACCCACAGUUUGAGCCGUCCUGACUUUCAUUGGUCUAACAACAGUCUUCGUGUUGGUCUUUCAACUCAAACUCCUCCACCAGCUUAUGAGUCUAUUAUAAAGGCAUUCCCAGAUUCUUAAAUAGGAGGUUAUUUCUGCUUUUUUUUUUCAAAAGAGGUAAUAACAAUAAAUUAAAUAAAGUUGAGUGAGAAGUGCAGUCAAGAUGAUUAGAGAGUGUUCAGGGCAGUGCCAUGCUGGUAAUGUUGGAAGUUAAUGCACUGUGUUUGGUUUGUACAAAAAAUUGCCUUUGUAUCACAAAAAGUUCAUGUUCUACUAUGUAAGUUUUGUAUUAUGAGGCUUUUAGAAUAGAGGAAUGGGUCUGUUGAAAUAUUGUAUAUUCCCUUUAAUGCUGUUUUGUUGUUUUUUAAACAUAAGUGAUGAAUUAAUAUUUUUAAGAUUCUUUUGUUUUGUCCCAUUUCAUUAUAGGAAAAAUAUUAUUUAAAUCCCCUUCCCUCCAUAACAUAAAGAAAUUUUUUCUUUUUUUUUGAAAGAGAAAAGUCCCUUCAUUUUGACAUGAAAUCACAUUGCCAAACACCUUUAAGUCAUCUAGUGGUUUUAAAAUUGUGUUAAAAAGAGAAUGAUUUGCAUAUAAAAAGAGAUCAUAGGAAAAUAAUCAUAAGAAGAUGCUAGAGCAACUUCCUAUGACUUUUUCUCAUUAUAAUUAUUUUUGUCAAUAAGGUUACUAUAUAGGUCUCAUACUUGGAAGGAAGGGAGGGAAACAAGCAUUUAUACAGUGCUACUGUAUGCCAGGAACUACGGUAAGCAAGUUUUACAAAUACUGUAUCAUUUACUCCUCACUACAACCCUGGGAGGUAGGUGCUAUUAUUAUUUCCAAUUUAUAAUUAAGGAUACUUGAGGGUCAGAGAACUAGCAAUUUUAUGAGGUCAGAUUUGUACUUAGAUAUUCCUGACUCCAGUCCCAGUAUGUAUCCAAUGCUCCAGCAGCUGUCCUAGAUUUACUAAAUAGGAUGUCAGAACUUUCAUUGUUAUCACUGUCUUUCAUUUUUUAUUGUUAUGACUAGAAAACAAUAAAAGCUAUAUUUUGUAGCAAGAAAGGAAUAAAUUUUAUAAUAAAACUACAUGGCCUUAGAGGACAAGAUAUUCUUAUGUUAAUGUUUAUAUCUGAUUUAUAUCUCAGAGAAACUAAAUAUAUAUUUCUAUCAAUUUCUUUUUUCUUUGUAUUUAAGGUGGAAUAGUUGAUUAAAGGAAAAUCCCAUCCUUUAUAAAAAAAAAUUUGGCUUUUGUUUCAAAGAAGUUAUUCUUAUUUAAGCAAUAUGAACUGCUGAGUACAAAAUCUCCUUUUAUUUUUUUGCUUAUUGAUAAAGUAUAUUAAAUGGCCUGGGGUAUGUACAUAGAGUAUAUGGAUCUAUGUCAUUUAAGGGGGUCUAUUUUUUUGGACCGUCCUCCUUAAAAACACCUCUCUAGCUGCUGGAAAAUAUAAUUGUUUCAAAUUUCUGCUGAUGCUCUGGCCUUUGUCAGGCAAUGGGGUCAAUUAUUUUAAAUGAGUUCCAUAGUUAGGUUCAGUUAUGGUGAAAUUGCAGUUUAUAUUUUGGAAUAAAAAUUGUACAUUUUAUAGAGGAAAAAUCUUUCAUUUUUGUUUCCAAUAGUGAGUGGUGCCAUUAAUAAUAGCUAAAUAUAGGUCUAAAUUUUAUUUUUUUAAUUCAUUUUGACAUUCUGGCUAAGCUCUACUUGAUAAUUUAAAUAAGACUUCUUUUUGCCUUUUUAUUAUUUUAGUGAAAUUGUUUUUUUCUGAAUGUUGCCUUUCAGAUAUGCGCCAUUUAAUGCUAUAUUAUCUUUUUAAAACUUUAUGGCAAUCAGAUUACUAAUGAGGAAUUUUUUUAGAUGAAACUUUUAUCAACCUAAAUGAGAUUUUUUAAAAAGCUUUAUAUUUAUAAAAAUGUCUAUUUUUAAUUGUAUGAGGAAUACAGAAUUGUUUCUUUUAAUCUGAAAUUGAUGUUCAGAAUUUUUUUUAAAGCUUACUAUUAGGGAAAAAAGACUAAAACUUUCCAAUGCAUUUCACAACUUGGUAGAUAGGAUCCGUUCAAAUAUGAUCAUAACCUCCAUUAAAAGAUUAUUUGGUAAAGAUGGUAGAGAUUAUGGAAUGUGGGGGAAAAAACUCAAUAGAAAAUCUUUUCUUUUUCUAUAAACUUUUUCUGUGGGUGAACAUUUGCCUGAACUAAUUUCAACUUUAGUUCAUAGUUUACUUACAUGAUGCAUGGAAUUAUUUUGGAAUUACUUGGCAACAACUAUAAUGAAAUUUACUUUUUUAAAAAGUCAGAAGGUAUCUAUCACUAAAAUAAUUAUGGAUAUUUUUCAGAAAAAAAUCUUUCUACUGAGGAAAGUUGGCACAUUCUCCCCAAUUACACAUAUGAGUUAAUUGUCAGAUAAUUGUUGGACAAUUAUUCUUUUCCAUUUUCUUUUGUCAGUGUAUCUAAAACUAAAGUAAAUGUUUCUAAAAACCAAUUGGCAUAGCCAAAAAAUCAACAUUUAUUAUAUCUCAAUGAAUAACUUUUAUCAUUUAGAAUGUUUUAAAAAGACACAUAUCUGCUUUGUACUUAUUUGAAUGAUAUGCAAAGAUUCAGUCAAUCAAUCAACAAGCAUUUGAUAAACACCUAUUAUGUUUUAUGAAUUCCAUUAGGCAUGGAACUAUAAAGACAAAUACAAAACUUCACAGAGCUUAUAUUCUAUCAGAGGAAGCAUAUAAAAUGUGAGAAUGGUAACUAGGUGGUGCAGUAGACAGAGUGCCAGGACUGCAGUGUAGAAGACAUCUUCCUGGCCUUAGACACUUCAUAGCUGUGGGACCCUAGGCCAGUCACUUAACCUUCUUUGCCUUAGAUUCUUAAUAUGUAAAAUGAGUUGGGGAAGGAAGUGGCAAGCCAAUCUAGUGUCUUCUCAAAAAAUUCUCAAAUUGAUUCAUAAAGACUCAGCCAAUUAAAAAAUGACUGAACUACAGCAAAAAAAUAUAAUAUAUAUAUAUAUAUAUCUUAUAAUAUAAGAUAUACUAAAUGUCCAAUAUAUAGAAAGUAAUUAGGUGGACAGUAGCAACUAGAUCAGGGAUGAGAAAGCCCCCAAACUGAACUAUGAAGGGAAAUGGGAACUAAAAUUGCAGAGAAAACGAGGAAGUACAUUAUAGACUUAGAAAAUAGACUAUAAAGAAACAAGGUCUAUGAUGGGUUGUAGUGAAUGAGGAACAAUAAAUUACCAACUUUAGCCAGGAAAUAGCAUAUAAUAAGGCUAGAAAUGUUGGAUGAAGCCAUAUUGUAGAGGGUUUUGAAUACCUAACAGAAGAGUUUGCAUUUUAUCCUUGUGGUCACAGGAACUCCUUGAACAGGGAAGUGACAUGAUUAAAUUUAUACUUUGGCAACUGUGUGAAAAAUCAACUUGAAAAUAGAGAGGCAAGGCAGAGAGAAUGAUUAAAAGACUCUCUGGCCUCCGAGGCAUUUUUAAUUUAAAGACAGACAAUUCAGAGGGUGACAUGUAUAAAUAAUUAUAGCAUAUCUCUUAUAGUUAGCUAUCUUUAGCUUACAUCUAUGUUUGAAGAAUAAAAACAAAUCUAGCUCUCAGCUGA